AUGGCACAAGUAGUCGGCAAAUAUGCUGCCAACAAGCUUCUAGGAAAGCACAUGAAGCAGUACGCCAACAAGCGCGUCGAGCAAGGCGAUGACCCAUACUUCGCCCUCGUCGAAGACCCCAAACGACCCGGCAAAGUCAAGAAGGUCAAGAAGCAAAUACCCACCUACAUCCCCGAACAUGACGCUCUCAUCCUCGCGAACGUCAAGAAGACGGCAUACAGACUGGACAUGUGCCUUUUCAAUCUCUUCGGCAUCCGUUUCGGCUGGGAAGCAGUCAUCGGCAUCAUCCCAUUCGCUGGCGACGCGAUAGGUGUCGCGAUGGCCUAUCUCGUCUUCCGAAAGUGCUGCGCGAUUGAUGGCGGUCUGCCUAGCUCUGUGCGGACAUGGAUGCUCAUCAACAUCGCUAUCGACUUCGCUGUCGGGUUGGUACCAUUCAUCGGCGAUCUCGCAGACGCAGCCUUCAAAUGCAAUACCAAGAACGUGGCGCUGUUGGAAAAGCAUCUGGAUCAGAAGUACCGGCCUGGUGCAUCGGGCUCUAGGAGGGACGAUGAGAGGAAUCGGCCGGUUGCUGGUGUGGAUCAGGAGAAGAGGAGGAAGAACAGGCAGAGCGGGAUCUUCAUGCCUAAUGACCCGCCACCAGCUACGGUGUUUGAGGACUUUAGCGAUGAUGAGUUGCCGCCCAGCAAUAGACGGCAGGAGACGGGUAGGACGAGGAGAUAG